CCCUGUAUGUAUUUAUGUGUGCCUCUGUGAGUGUUUGAAACAACAAACAGUCAAACCAUUAAAGCAAACCAGAAGCGAAAAGAACACUAAAACAAACGAUAAAUAACAAAUUCGUUUUCUUGUAUACAAUCACGAAUGACGAAUGAUAAAAAACACUGAGAAUCGUUGAAAGAAGACGUCUCUCUCGUAUGCAAAUAAUUCAUUGCAAGAUCCUGUUGAAAAAUUUUAAGAAGAAAAUCUCGCCCCGAUGAGGAGCGAAGAGAAGAAAAUUUUCUCUCUAGAAUACGACAGAACGCAAAAUCAUGACUAAGGAAAUCAAGAAAACUUAAAAUCUUAAAGCUUAAAAUUUUCACGUUGACACCCCGAAGAGGUUGAUCACGCGCGAGCUGAGAUGAGUAAGGAGGAGAGCAGCGGCGAGGCAAAGCCGCAGGACGCGUCCGCGUCGGAUGUCCAGGCGGAUGUAUCGCCGAAAGACACGAAUGCGGAGAUUUACGAAAAUCGCGGGACUAAGAAAAUCAUCCGCGUAGUAACCGUAAUGGCUUACCUGUUUUCGGUGAGUUUUGUAGGUAUCCUUUUAAGCGCCUAUUAUAUAUUUUUAUGGGAGCCACCGAAUCCGAGAUUGAUAGAGCGAGGAAGAUUGCAGGCGGAUCCGCAGAUGCAGUUUUUGAUGGCCACUAUGCCUUCAGAGAAGACAGAUAUGAAAAAGAAAGGGAACGACUUCUUUCUGCAGACUGAAGUAAAUCGCGCGUACAAACCUCUUCUGGGUCGCAUGACGUACGGCGCGUACGAUGGGGAUGAUUCUAACGUCAAUUCUCAGGACAGGAAACAGGAAAGACUGAACGCGAUGUUGCUGAGACUGAAACACUCGCUCGUAGAAACUCACGCUCAGAAUCGAAAUCUAUCGAAAUACGUAACGGCGAUUUCUGGCGGAUCCGAUAAUUCGUCUAUCAGAGUAGAAAAGAUGCUCAACUCGACAAAGAUAACGGAAAAAUCGAUCUCAAAUGAAUUGCAGGAUAACAUUACCGAAGAAAAGACUCGAAAUAAUAAUAUUGAUCUGCCUCCAAAAUUCACGGAUCCUGUAAAUAUGCUGGACAUUGAAAGUACGCGGACAUCAAAAAACGCGACUAUACCUGAAAAUAAAAUGAAACAGAAACAUUUCAACGGAAGAUCUAUUAUCGAUUCCAAUCUGAUUGUCGAUCACAAGAAUCAAAAAUUUUCAAGAAUCGAUAUUCUCAACGAUAUAAAAGAAUUGAUAAAACAAAAUGAAACUGAUGAUCGUCAAUUGAUCAAUGACAAUCGAAAAAGCGAUCCGAACAAUGUACGCACGAUCACUAGAUCGAAAGAAUACGCGGAGGAUGUUACGAAGCGUCUUCUGUCUACAAAUGUCAGCGUUAAUAAUCUAAAUUCCCGACGAAAUUAUUCCAGCAAUAAUGAGUAUCCCUCGAGCAACCACAUCUUAGAAGUCACGCGCAAUGAAGUAUCGACCAUCUCGUCAUCUCACGAUUCGGGAUACAUCCAUAACAAUCCGGAAUUCCAUCAGUCAUCGGAUGAUCUGACUAUUGUAACGAGAAAUUCUGAAGAAACACAGAUCAAAGGGAUGACCGCGAAAUUUAUGACGAUAAAUAAUAAACAGCUGGAGGAAGCGGAUAUAUCGACCACGCAACGACAGAAAGGUCUUUGGGAAAUCUUGACGGAAACCACGGAUAUCGAGGAAACGUCUAUUGAGCUCAUGUCGAUUCCGACAGUACGGGAUUAUCGCAACAAUUUCACUAGCACUGUAAACAUUGACGAUGACGAUAGCGUUACAUAAACAAAUAUUAGAUUUUUAUACUUUCUAACUUGAACGGGAAAAUACAAGCUAAAGGGAAGCUAAACUAGUAAUCGCUAAUAGAGUAUUAACACCUAUUACUAUGUUCAUAAAAAUGUGAUUUUUCCACUUUAAGGACAGAGAAUGUUUCGAAAUUGCAUUGAUUUAAAUUGGCCAAAUGACAAAUCUUAUAAAGAUUAAAAUCACUCUCCGAAACACAGAUAUAAAAGUUAGACACAUAAAUAAUUUAGCAAUGUCUAGUUAUAUGAAUGAUACUGUCGCGAUAAAAUCAACAUACAAUAAUAAUAAAUAAUAAAAUCAUAAGCAAAAUUCAUAUAUUCCAUUGUAAACGAAUCAUCUCUAUUACGAAUUAAUUUUAAUUUUAUGUUAAUUGCUUAACAAUAUAUUGCUAAAUUAAUCUAUAAUAUGAUUAGAUAUGAUUAGAUGUAAUCUUUUGUAAGAGUUAUUUUUCCAAAUUUCUUAUUGCUUGAAAAGUACUUUAGAGAAUAUUUUUGUAUUAUAUUAUUAUAGAAAUGUAGUAAAAUAAUGUAAUUAUAAAAAACAAAUUUAUUAUAAUUCUACUAAUUUAUUGCCGCAACUGAAAUUCGUCCAAUGUAUCAUAUAAGUUUUAUAUGAUUAAUAAAGGCUAUACACA